CCGCCGCCGCCGCCCGCUCGUCGCCGUUCGCAGCCCAAGCCCCGGUCCCGGCGCCGCCCCGCGGAUGCGGCCCCGGAGCCCGUGACGAUGGAGCCCGGCCACGGCUCCUCCUUCAAGGCCUUUCCGCGCUCUCCGCUCCCCGCGCCCGGCGCCAAGUUUUUACCCAACAAGAUCAGUGCUUUCACUUGCCCUGCUGGAAACUCCUCCUGUGCCCUCAACUACAACCCUGACAUCCCUUGUCCUGAGGGCUACAGGGCACCAGGGGACCCCAGAGCCCUGGGCACUGGUGCCAAUGGGCAGUGGAGGGGGUUGGUUCCUCCUCUGAGCUCUGUGCCACAGAAACCAAGAGUGAGUCGAGGCUCUUAUCACCUGGAAGCUCGGAAGAACCCCAGUGGGACAGCCAACAGCUUUGGAGGGAAAUCCAACCACCAUGGCCAUGCCCCAGCUUUUCCCCUCAAACCUGCUCAGAGCCCUUCCUGGAGCGGCCCCUGUCGCCGCAGCCUCCUCAGCCCCAAGAAAACCCCCCGGAGGUUCAUCAGCACAGCAGAGGAGACUGUUCGAGAGGAAGAGCGAGAGAUCUACAGGCAGCUGCUGCAGAUGGUCACAGGGAAACAGUUUUCCACAUCCAAGCCCUCUUCACUGUUCCCCUUCCACCUCACCAGGUGUUCCAAUUCCAGCAAAACCACAGUGAAGGAAACCCCCAGCCACAACUCGAAGCUGUUUGAAGCUCCCAGUGUUGCACCAGCUCCUUCUGUCCUCAGCUCCCAGGAGCAACCUCAACACAAACCUCCUCUCUACUCCCCUCCCACCUAUUCCUCCAAUCUCUUCAAGUGCAGCAACUCCACAGCCCAACAUCAGCAGGAAAACCCACCAGCACCUAACACACAGUCUGAAGGCUCAGACUCUGUCAUUUUACUCAAGGUAAAGGAUUCCAGAACCCCAGCACCAAGCCUCCCUUUCUUCCAGGCAGAACUGUGGAUCAAAGAACUCACCAGCGUCUACGACUCGCGGGCUCGGGAGAGGUGGCGGCAGAUUGAAGAGCAGAAAGCCUUGGCUUUACAGCUGCAGAGCCAGCGGCUGCAGGAGCAGGAACACUCAGUCCAGGAUCUGGUGGAUUUAAACCUUCGUGUCCCCCUUGAGAAGGAAAUCCCAGUCACAGUGGUCCCAGAAGAGAAAGAAGAUCCAAAAUGUGCUGAUGGGGAAGAGGAAUUCCCUGAAAUCACUGAGGAAAUGGAGAAGGAAAUCAAGAACGUGUUCCGUGGGGGGAACCAGGACGAGGUGCUGAGCGAAGCUUUUCGCUUAACCAUCACCAGGAAGGACAUUCAGACCCUCAACAACCUCAACUGGCUCAAUGACGAGAUAAUUAACUUCUACAUGAAUUUGCUGAUGGAGAGGAGCAAAGAGAAGGGUCUACCAGCAGUCCAUGCCUUCAACACUUUCUUCUUUACCAAAUUGAAAACAGCAGGGUACCAAGCUGUCAAGAGGUGGACUAAAAAAGUGGAUAUCUUCUCAGUGGAUCUCCUCUUGGUGCCAGUUCAUCUGGGAUUUCACUGGUGCUUAGCAGUCGUAGACUUCAGGAAGAAAACCAUCACCUACUACGACUCCAUGGGUGGGAUAAACAGUGAAGCCUGCAGGAUUCUGCUGCAAUACUUGAAACAGGAAAGUCUGGACAAGAAGAGGAAGGAGUUUGACACCAAUGGCUGGUUGUUGCUGAGCAAGAGGAGUCAGGAGAUCCCCCAGCAGAUGAACGGCAGCGACUGCGGGAUGUUCGCCUGUAAAUACGCCGACUGCAUCACCAAAGACAAACCCAUCAACUUCACUCAGCAACACAUGCCCUACUUCCGCAAGCGCAUGGUCUGGGAGAUCCUCCACCGCAAGCUCUUGUGAUGCCCUCAGCAGCCUCCUCACGCCGUUCUCUCCCAAGUGCCCGACUCUACCCCACUCCAAACACCCUCCAGGACCUUCCUGGGACCCCCUCCCAAGACUCCUUUUUUUGGUUUGGGAGAAGAGGGAGGGGAGUGAGUGGAAACCUUCAAGCAGAGACACAGCCAAGGAGCCUCCAGCACAUCCCGCUUCGCUCCCACUGAACGAGGCCACGAUGCAAAGGGGCCCAAAGCUGGCUUUGGGGGUUUCUUUUGUCACCCCUUUUGUUCUUUUCCCUUUCCUUCUUUCUAGAGCUGUUUGUACAAAGCAAUUUUCAGGUGCUGAGAGCUGAGGGAGACACAGCUUCAGCCAUUCAAGGAGUUUCAGGCACUUAGGUGGCUCUGGCUGUUCCCCCCCUCCUCCAUGACCUUGGGUGGGCAAAAAGGGUGUUUGGGGGGAAGGAUUGGCCUGAAGAGUGGGAUUUGCUGUGUCCCCCACUCCUGUGGCAUCUCCCCUCUCUCCUCAAAGCCAACAUUUGCUCUCACCCAUCACCAACUCCCCCUCCCAGCACAUAUUUGGAGGGGAGAGGGGGGCAACCCUUAACUUCAGAGAGGCCUCAGAGCCUUGAGGGUGACAAACAACUGGAGAAUCCCCUAAACCAGCUUCUUUUUUUCUCCAAAGCCACUUUUGCAGAGUGCCAGGUCUGAUCUUUGUGGUUUCUUCCUGAGGGUUUCAUCUCCCAGCUCUCUUUUUUCCCCCCCAUCAGCUGUUUACAGGAGUUCAGGUACAAGCCCAGAGCAGCCUCUCUCCUGCCUCUCAUCCCUUGGUUUAUUCCUGGAGGAGGGGGGUUGAUUUUUCUCUGAGCAACAAAACACAGAACAAAGGGGGGAUAAAAACUAUUCUCUCCUUCUGUCUUGAGUUGAUUUCUGGGCUUUCAGUUCCCCUCUGCCCCUGGUUUGGCUUCUCCCAGGAGAGAUGAAGCCACGGCAGCUUCUGACCACCUUUGUCCUGGCCCCAGCUGAGCAGGAUGAAUUCCUCCUCUCUCUCUCUUUUUUUUUCCCUCCCCCUCUCUCUUCCCUUCUCUGAGAUUUUGCACAUGUUUUGCUGGAGGAUAAAAGCUGCCACAAAGGUCAAAGGUGGUGGUGAAAGCAGAGUCAAGAAGUGCUUCCAAAAGGUAUCUCUGAGGCCCUCCCGGGAGGCUCCGGGCUGAGCCACGUCCCCUCCUCUCACCCCCCAAGCAAGUAAAAUCCUCAAAACCGGUUCAACCCUUCCCCAAAUGAGCUGGGUUUGGGGUUUUUUUUGGGGGGGAGAAGCCCCUCCUCCCUCUUCUGCUCCCCUUUUCCCUCUGGGAUGGGGCUUUUUGCUGUUGCUUUCAAGUCCUUAUAAUUUAUUCCCGAGCUCGAGGGGCUCUUUUCCCUCCCCUUGUACAGAAACCUUUUGAAAUGCAGAAGUCAAGGAGGAAAUACCAUCCCCCUGUUUUGUAUUUUUUGGUCUCCAGAUAGGGAGGGAUCUUUUCUACACUUUUUUCUCUACCUGUAAGCAGUAGUUUUGUACAAAACUCCCUCCCCCAUCCCCCUUUUCCCCCCUCGCUCCUGCUGCCUCGUGUCCUUGGGAAGCUGAUUUCAUCCCUUCCCCCUCCUCCCCUCUCUGUGUGUUUUAUACCAAGUUCAUUUAUUACCUUUUUUCUAUCUUUUACUGCAAUUAAAGAUCUGAGGAAAAAAAAAAAAUCCAAA